AUGCACUUUCACGACAUCUUUGACGGCUGCAAGCCCGAUGCUCACGGCAUCAUCACCAUCGGCCAAGGUCAAACUCCCCAUGAAGCUGCCGCCCAGCUCCCCGAAGCCUUUCGCGACAAGGCCGAUUUUCCCCACGAAAUCAUGCAUACAACCGGCAUGGUAUCAUUCCAUGGCCUAGGCGACGCCUCGUGCCAGGCAAAGGACGAGAUUGAGAUCAUCAACAAGACCGCCUUUGAUGUCGUCAAGCGCUUCCCCAGCGGCACAGCCAUCGUUCAUCUCGGUGCAAUUAACUCCACCCUGUACGCUCCCUAUGUCGAGGCUUUCAAGACUCAGAAAAAGUCCUGCGUCUAUCUCCCCCUUGUCUCGGACCUCGCAUCCCUCAACACCCAAGUCACGCGUGCCACGGAGACAUUCCCUGGCAUGCCCAACUACGGUCUGUAUGGCACAUUUGAAGACGGCGACGAUUUCUUCGCCAACAUCAAGGUGCCAUGCCUGUACCUCGCCCUGGGCUCCCGCUUCUACGGCGUCCCGGACGGCCUCUGCCUCGACCGCAUCCACACGUUUGCGCAAAACUUCAAGCACGCAGACGCCCUCAUCAUCAGCCAAGAAGAGCCUCCCCAGGCUGGCGCCGCCCCCGUGUCCCGUGGCAAAGACCCCUAUGCGACGCCCCUAUACCGCAAGUUCGUUGACACCUAUCUUCGCGCCCUCUGCGCGCACGCCGGUAUCGAGAAUGCUAGGACCUGCAAGGACUUUCGCUGGAAGGCCAAGUCGGACGGUGGCAUGCACUAUUUCGAGAUGACCACGACGCGCGACAUGGUCUGCACCGCCGCUGCGUACGAUGGCUUGACUAUUGAGGGCGGCACCGUCUUCAAGAUGUUCAAGACUUGGAAGCGUGAUACUGGCAACGUCUUUGAAAUCACUCUCAACGCGGACGUCAACAUUGAGACCCUUGGCCAUGCGGACAAGAUGGGCACGAACUUGUACCUCAUCCACCCUUAAGUU